AUGGAGAGCCACUUUGAGCGAGUGCUCGCCGCGCCCGUCGCUGCCAAGCGGCCCGCUGCCUCUACGCUCGCACCUUUAGCUGCUAAACAACCGCGUGUGUCUCCUAGAGCUAUCGCCGCACAAAUUAGCGCUGUUGUCGAUGGUGCUGAAGAACAGGAAGGCGACACCCUGGACGCCCGAUCGCUCAAGUCGAUGGCCAAUUCACUACUAAAACAAGUACAGCGUAAUGCAUUGGACCGCGAGAAGCACGCAGAUGAGCCGCUCAAGUUUCUUGAGUCGGAGUUGGCACUGGAUCUCCAGCUGAAGCGCUGGCAACAGGUAGCUGCCAAACCCGAGCUGUUCGGCGUCAUGAUGGAACUACAGGUGCCUCGCGUUUUACUGGGACUGUUUGGACAUGAAAAUGCAGACAUUCAGCUUGCUGUGUUAAGUCUAUUGGCGGAGCUGACGGAGGUGGACGACGCUGUAGAGUCACUGGGGUCAGCGAGAGAGCUCGCCCACCAUCUUGUGGACGAGAAGCUGCUGCCGUUGCUGAUCAAUAACUUGUUUCGAUUAGCUGCGGCAGCUGAUGAUGUAGAGAAAGACGGUCAGAAAGCAGAGGAAGAGACUUUGGGAAUGUACCAUUCCUUGCAGAUUUUGGAGAAUCUGAUCGACCUCGAGCCCCACGUAUGUGUUGAGGUGGCGGUGAAAACGGAAGUACUGCCGUUUCUGUUGCAACAAGUAGUGCCGACGAGAGAAUUUAGUGAAAACAAGCUGUAUGCGAGUGAGAUAUUGUCCAUUUUGCUGCAGUCAGGAGCCGAGCCCAGAGCGGAGUUUGCAGCAUGGUCUAGGAAGGAACGACGAAAGGAAGAGACGGAGACUGACAAGAACCGACAGAAUCGGUCAGUGAAUCUCGUGGAUGACUUACUGCAAGCAAUUUCCCCGUACCGGAAGAAAAAUCCGGCUAGUGAUGAAGAAGAGGAAAUGGUAGGGAAUCUAGUGAAUGCUCUGUGCAGCGCGCUGCUUGUAUCGGAAGCACAGACACAGUUUCGCCAUCUGGAAGGAUUGGAGCUGCUGCUGCGCUGUAUGAAAGACCGUCGACAGUUUGUCUUUGGUAGCGCAUUGCGUGGUCUAGAUCACGCACUCAUGGGCAACGCGCGUAAUUGUGAACGGAUGAUCGAGAUCGGAGGCUUGUGCAGCGUUUUCUCAGUCUUCAUGGGACGGCUCGGCAAGCACAAGUCGUGCAGCAACUCGAAAUCAAACAAGGUAAACGAGCGUGCGCUUCAAGAAGAAAAUGUGGUCAGUAUAAUAGCUUCCAUGUGUGCUUGGGUGCGUCAGGAUGCUCCUGCUGAUGUCUAUGACCGUCUUCAUGGCAAGUUUGUCGAAAACGAUAUGGAGAAAAUUGACCGGUUGGUGGAUCUGUUUGCAAAGUAUCACGAACGCGUGGAACGCAGUAAUCAUGUUGACGAAAUGGAAGCUGAAGGAGAGGAUGAAGAGAGUCGUUACUUGCGACGUCUCGAUGCCGGUUUGUUCGUAUUGGAGCGCAUCGCAUUCGUUGUGGCACAUCUGUGUCACUUCUCAAAGAAACUACGGGCCUACGUAAUGAUCAAGUUCCACGAACGCAGUAUUGAUAGUGCGAGCUUGGCAGCUACCUUGCGCAAUCAAUUAGGACUUCUGGUGGCCGAUGAAGACGCUAAAAAAGAUAGUGACGAGACAAGGACGAAAAGUGGAAGCGACGUGGUGAACAACGAAGCAAAAGAGGCCCACAAAGCGCAGCUCCAGCAGCUGUUGGAGACACUCGAAGCUGAAGAAUACCCACCCGCGGACGAUGAAAAUGAGUCAACAGAGCAGGAGGAAGCGAAGACUGAUGAAAAGGACUAG